GGCAUAAAUAAAGUUUUGCAAUUAGCGUGCGGCGCGAGCGUCGGCUGGGCUUUGUUGCCGCGAAGGGGAGACCGUCGCCGGUCCCGGGAAAAACAUCGCCUUUUUGCUUCUUCUUUUCUGAUUGCUUUUGUGAACAGUUUGUUGUUUAAGAGCAGGAUAUUGUACAGAAGAAGAGAUUAAGUCAGGACAGCAGUAUGAGCGACACACCACCGAACGCAGCUACCUCUGCGCCCUCGCCGUCGCAGCAGCAGCAGCAGCAGCAACAAGAGUCCACCUGGACGGCCGGCAGCAGCAUCGUCGAGCCUGUUGUCGACGGAGCAGCAGAGGUUGCGGAUGAGAAUCCGGAAGAGGCCGAGACCGAGAUUGAGGGUGAGAAUAACAAGAGCGAGAGAACACCGCUCGAUGGGCUCGAUCUUGCUGGUGCUGCGGGGACGGGCGGCGAGGAUGGAGCGGAGAGGAGUGGAGUUGCUGCGGUGGCGGCGACGAGUGUCGGUGCUAGUGCGGAUGCAGAGGCGGCUGCUAUUGAGAGUAUGAUGUUUUUGGGACAUGAUGAGACUGCAGCUGAUGAGGCGGUCGCGGCGGACGAGAAGGAAGAGGGCGAGAUUGACUCUUCCGACGACUUGUCUGCUCCGCCCACGCUGGACGGCAGCCUAAAAGACGACGACGAUGAGGACGACGAAGAUGAAGAUGAGGAGGAUGAAGACGAUGAGGAUGAAGAUGAGGAAGAAGAGGAGGAGGGUGAGGUUGCUGGAGGUGCGGAGGAGGAGGACGAAGAGGAAGAAGGGUCAGAGGAAGCGGAGGAGGUCGUGAAGAAAGCGGAGGAAAUCAAAGCCAACGCUGCAAAGGUUUCUAGUUUAAAAACUUUGAGCACGAAGCUUUCGAUGCCCGCUGGGGAAGAGGAGGAGGAUGAGGAAGAAGAGGGAGAGGAAAUGGAGGAAGACGAGGAGGAUGAGGAAGACGACGAAGCAAAGAUGGACGUCGACAAAGAUCCGGUCGUGGAUCAGUCAACAGAAUCUGCGAAAGUCGACACUCCAAAGCAAAAGCUUACCGAAGCUGAUGAGGAAGAGGGCGAGGACAAACAAGACAAGGAAGAACCCGCUGACGAAGAACUAAUCGACGAGUCUGCCGACGCAGAAGCCCCAGCUGAGGAAGAGAUCGACGAGGCCGUCGACGCUGCGGAUGGGGAGGAUGAAGAGGCCGCUGAAGUUACCGAAGCUGCGGAGGCUGAGGCCGAGGCCGAGGACGGUGAGCUCGAGGAGGAGGAAGAGGAGGUCGAAGCCACGCCGACUAAGAAACGCAAGGUCGAAGACGACGAGGAUAACGAGGAACGAGCACGGAAACGACGAGCGGCCGUGGCGUCGCUGACCGAGAUCGAAGUCGAGUUUGCCAAACUGCGCGAUCGACUACACGAGGACCGCAUACUACGACUGAACGCCGAGAUCGAAAUGUGCCUACAAGGCCGACACCCCGAGCUAGCGGCCGUGUACGAGCAGAUUGCCCGAACGCGCGACGAACGGAUCCGUCUCGCCGAGGCCCACAGACGGUACCGCCGGCGGUGCAUUGAGAACCAGACGAGGUCCUACAGAAGCCACUGGCACCAGCAGUUUUUCAAAAACGUCGCGAACCUGCGCGCAAAGAUGAUGUCCGAAACCACCGAGACUUGGUACAGGAUCAACCGCGAGCGGAGGGCGAUGGACGCGCUCGUGCCGUUUUAUGGAUACCGGAUCCCCGAGAAGCGGUCGACGCAGGUGCGCCAGCGACAGGCGCAGUAUCAGGAGGUUGCGAUCCUGACGGGUCUGGCAAAGUACGUUGGGUUCCCUGCUGCGCCGGACAUUAACUCUGCGAGCGCGGACGAGAUUGCAGAGGACCUGGAGGCACUGCGGGGGCCUAAGUUUGUGCCUAUGUAGACAAUAGAUUGUCCUUGGUUUGACUACAGUGGGGUUUAUGUUUGAGAUUGUCAUGGCGUUUGUAUAGUCCUAAUUUAGUAUCAGUAUUUAACUAUUUUGAAGCAUUCUGAGUAGUGAUGACCCAGUGAGUAAGUAAUAAGAGGUAUGGUGUAUGAUUUUUUUGAUUAACCGAAAUACAAAACAUCAAUAAUUUUUUAAACCCAUCAGAUUUUGUACA